AUGGGAUCUAAGACACCCAAAAAUCAUCAUCGAGGUCCAAAAGAGGCAUCCGCAAGAGCUGCAAUUGCUGCCGUCAAUCCUCCCAAGCUAGCCUCAGCAAAUGGACUCCUUCAUGAUGCACUCGAGGGGGAAGACGAAGACGGGGGAGGCGACGACGACGACAAGAUUGGAGCUGACCUGAAGUCCAUUGGUCAGCCCGACAAUAAAGGCAAGAAGAAAAAACGAAAGAGUAACAAGAAGAAGAAAAAGAGGGCCCUAGGUGGACAGCAGACCACUCCUCCGAGGGUUGCACUCGCCAACCUCUUUCACAAUCAGCGAUAUCCGGAGGGCGAGAUUGUCGAGUAUGGCCCCGACACUAGCAGUCUUUUGCGCACCACGGCUGAAGAAUUUCGUCAUUUAUUCAUUGUGAACAACAUGGAUGAUGAGUUCCUAAACGACUAUCGCAAAGCUGCUGAAGUCCAUCGCCAGGUCCGCCAGCAUGUGCAGACGAUCGCAAAGCCCGGCAUUUCCAUGAGCCAGCUUGCCCAAGAGAUUGAGGAUGGGGUUCGAGCACUGACCAACCACCAAGGUCUUGAGACCGGAGACGCUCUCAAAGCCGGCAUGGCAUUUCCGACUGGGCUCUGCUUGAACAACAUAGCUGCUCAUUGGACUCCUAAUCCUGGGGCCAAGGAGACUAUCCUCCAGUACGACGAUAUCCUCAAAGUGGAUUUCGGAGUUCAUGUCAGCGGCAGAAUUGUCGAUAGCGCCUUUACCGUUGCUUUCAAUCCAGUGUACGAUAAUCUGCUCGCAGCUGUCAAGGCAGCCACCAAUACUGGACUCAAGGAAGCUGGCAUCGAUUCCCGGAUUGAUCACAUCAGUGAGGCAAUCCAAGAAGUAAUGGAGAGCUACGAAGUCGAACUCAACCGAAAGAUUGUUCCCGUCAAAGCGGUUCGGAACAUCACCGGCCAUAACAUCCUGCGCUACAAGAUUCAUGGCGACAAACAAGUACCCUUUGUUAAGACGCAAACUACUCAACGCAUGGAAGAAGGCGAUGUGUUCGCUAUCGAAACCUUCGGUAGCACUGGCAAAGCUUAUCUUAGAGAUGACAUAGGAGUUUACGGCUACGGGCGCAAUGAACAUGCCAGCGCUGCUAGUCUUCAUCAUGCCUCCGCGAAAUCGCUGCUGAAGACAAUCGAUGAGAACUUUGGAACUCUGGUCUUCUCCAGGCGUUACCUUGAGCGCAUUGGAGUGAAGCAUUACCACCUCGGCAUGAGAUCACUCGUCUCGAAUGGCAUUGUUGAGUCCUAUGCACCACUGGUCGAUGUUCCUGGCUCUUAUGUCGCACAGUUUGAGCAUACCGUUCUGCUUCGGCCCAAUUGCAAGGAGGUAAUCUCACGAGGAGAUGACUACUAA